AUGUCAGAUAAAGUUGAAAGUGCAGAAUUGAACGCAGAACCACCCCAAAUGCGUUGGCAAUUCAUUGAUGCUUCGAACAAUAGUCGAAGCAACCUGACUCAGGUGAAGCGCCAUGUGAUGCAAGAGUAUAUGCGCCAAAAGCGCCAGGAUACUUCUCAACACCAGAGCGAUGACGAAAACCAACCUGAAGGACAAACCUCGCAGCAAAAGAAGCGUCGGCGACCGAAACGGACAAGAGGCUCAAAAAAAACGGCGCCGAGUGAAAAAAGCGACAAGGCUGGGGAACAAAAGAAUUCAUCCUCUUUGCCCUACAGGUCCUCCCCAGCACCGUCUCAUCAAUUUCCCGUGUCGCCAAACUUCCUAUACACAUCAAGCAACAGUUCAGAUUUUGGAAACUUGCCUCCAUGGCCACCCACUCCUACGCCCUCGUUUGACAUCACACUUUCUCCUAAGUCGAUACUUAGCGCUGCCCGGACCGAUCCCUUCAACACUUACCCGGUAGAGUUAGAUACGGACGGCCAGAGGCUGUUCGACUUUUAUGUUAACGAAAUGCCCGCCUGCUCUUACGGAACGCAUUUUAGAUCACCCAAGGCCCACAACUGGUACACGGCAGUAUUUGUGCCAGAGGGCAUGAAAGGUGCCGUGGCAUUUCAAAACACUAUCCUCGUGCAUGCGGCCAACACCUGGGCGUGGGUUCGCAACGAGACCGAGACCAAGAACACCCUCAUUCACCGCGACCGCUCAAUUUCCAUGCUCCGGGAGCAUAUGAUGAAGAACCCAAAGGACAUCUCCGAUGUUGCGAUCAUAGGGUGUCUUAGUGCUGCAGGAUUGGAGGAUUUUGAUCCGCGUCCUGGGCAUAAGGAGAUCAGCUGGGUUCACAUGAGAGCAGCAAGGGAGAUGAUACGGGCGCGAGGAGGCCCAGUGGCCUUUGAGAACACUCGCUUGGGAAUGUUGAUCAACUGGCAAGAUUAUAUUCUGAGCGGCUAUGAAACCCAAGGUCCAAGCUUUUCCUUCGAGCCAAACCCCCCGCCAUCCUUUUCACCCAGGGACGAAAUCCAGCACCAAUUUGAUGAGUUCAUCGAGUUCCUCAAACGUUGUGAGCAACUCUCGGUCUAUCAACGGGAUAAUUCCAAUAAGUCCACAAUGCCCACAAGGCACACUUCCUUUCAGUGCACAGCGCUUCUCUACCAGAUUUUGGCCGCACCUCCAGGCGCCCGUUUCACCACCUCAGGUGACCGGAAGCAGAUCGUCGCGCGGCUGGUUGCUUUGAUGAUGCUGAACGCCGGCCUCUGGGACUAUCGAUUCUCGAUGGUCCGUAGUGAGACCUUCCUGCAAAUCCUAGAACAGAAUGUGAUCGACAGUGAAGUCAACACAAGCGGCUCGAUUGAGGCGCUCCUACAGAUUAUGCUUGCAUGCAAGGAUGGAGCUGUCAACAGUGACACAAACUUGAAUUUCUUUUUCACUGGCAUUCCUACCUCUCCGGACGAAUGGCAGGAGCUACCUGAUUUCACGCAGUACUCACCCACGGCGCAGACGCCGUACGGUCGACCAUGGUUCGCGGGGCGGAUGCUCAAGGUCGCCAAACGGCUGUCACCAGAGUCUUGGGCGCGAGUCAACAACUUUCUCUUCUCGUGCUUGACGUUUCAGGUCCAAGAGCCGGCGGUGGGUAUGUGGGAGGAUGAGCUACGCGGGGAGGUUCUCAGUGCACCAUUGACGAGCUAUAUAAUGCCUGCUUUGAAAGGAUGA